CCCACCCCACCCCAGCCCACUUGCCUGCAAACCCAUUCUCUUCUCCUUCCUCUCUCGACCUCGCUCUCUCUCAGCCUCGCUGUGCCUCGUCCGCUCGCGCUCGCCCUCGCUCUCUAACUCUCUCUUGCUCUCGCUCGCCCAGCGACUCUCUCUUGCUCUCGCUCGCCCUCGCUGGCUGUCUCUUGCUCUCGCUCGCCCUCGCUCUCUGCCUCUCUUGCUCUCUCUCGCCCUCGCUUGCCCUCGGGCCCUCGCUGCCGUUUCUCUUGCUCUCGCUCUCGCCGGCCCUCUCCGCCUCUCGGCUCUCGCCUUCUCCCCCACGCUCGCUCGGCGGCUCGGCCAGUCGGCCUCGCCCUUGCUCGCUGCCUCUGUCUCAGGUUUUCGUUUUACACCCCCCCCGCCCAAAAAAAACUUCCAGAUCUGCUUCAUUCGAGCUCGAUCCGUAUAACUGAAUAAAUGGAAGAAUCAGAGAAAAGAAGGGAGAGGUUGAAAGCAAUGCGCAUGGAAGCAUUGCAGGGUGGAGUUAACAAUGAAGUUGGGAACUUUGGGGAGCCUCAGCAGCUCUCAAAUCCAUUAAUCGAAACCUCCACAACUCUACCUCUGCAUGCAAAUACAAACCAACCUCCGAGGUUUGACUAUUAUACAGAUCCUAUGUCUGCCUUCUCUACUAACAAGAGGAGGAGCAUGCUCAACGAUGAGAAUUCACAGGACUAUUUCACACCUGCAAGACCAAGGGCAACUUCAUCCCCAGCUCAUCAGUUCCAACCAAAUUAUUCCCCUGAUCAAAGACAGUACCAAGCACGAGCCCCAUAUUACAGCCCGGGCCCAAGGAACCCCUCUCCAGCUCAUCAGUUCCAAAGUAAUCAUUCCCCGGAUCAAACAAUGCACCAAGUAUGGGAUCCUUAUCAGAGGUCGGUUCCAAGUGGAAGCCCAAUAGGGACAGUCAACUGUUUUGGCUCGCAUCAAGGAACUCCUCGUGGUUGGAACAGUCCUGUUGGUGCAGGAAGCUAUAACCUUCCAUCUAAUUCACCAGGAGGUAAUUUCUCCAGUCCUCAUUUUGGAGGUAGCCCCAGAUUAAAUACAGGUUGGGGCAGAUCUCAGCGGUUCAGCAACAGUCCCAGCUCCAUCUCAGGGCAUGGAGGCAGCUCUACUUCUAAUUUGGGAGGAGGUUCUGGCCGUGGGUCAGGCAAUAACUUGCGCCCUGGUUUAGGACGGGGUGGCAGGAGAGGUUUCGGCUCUCAUGACAGUGUCUCAGCGGAGCUUAGACCAGAUUUUUAUUAUCACAGAUCAAUGGUUGAAGAUCCAUGGAAGCUUUUGGAACCUGUUAUUUGGAAAAAAGAUCCUGCCAAGAGUUUAUUUGCCAAGUAUUCUUCAAAAUCAUCGCUUUCAAAAUCUGAGUGUGGAAAAAAAGCUAGAAUUACAGAAACCUCAAAUGAGUCCAGUUCUCAGCCAAGCCUUGCAGAAUACCUGGCAGCUGCAUUUAGGGAAGCUUCUGAGAAUGAAGCGACUAAUGAUAAACCAAGUUUAUGAGGUUUUGGGAAAGUUGACACCCUGCUUCACGUAAUUUGAGCAAAAACUGGCUGCCGGUUUCUAUCAUGUCUUGGAGCUGUGAGAAGGAAGCUCAUGCAACUUACUGAUGCCAUCACCCCUUAAAGCUACAAACAGCCAUCUGACGGUAUUCUUGGAGUCUUAAUUAUCUUGCUUUCCGCGUCUCAAAUUUUCAACGUCGUGUAUGGAAAUAUUACAGAUGGCAUGCAUAUUUAAAGAGAGCAGGAAGCAGGAGGAAGAGAGGGAGGGUGGAUGGAGGAUUAGUUCUGUGGAGGCUACAUUUAGGGCAAAUGAUUAUAGUUUCAAAUCUGUUACUGUCUGGCAGUAAUGGAAUAUAUACUUACUGUUAUGGUCGAAUUUUCUUUCUAUGAAAUUAUCUGUUUUCUUUGUGGCA